CUGCAGCAAUAAACACAGCCCACCCAGUCCUCAGCUAGCUGCACCUUCCUACGUGCUACACGCUGCCCCCUUUUUCAUACAAGGCUCAAUGUCGCGAGCGCCCCAAGCGAAACAAGGGAAAGAAAACUAGCUAGUCAGACAGAGAAACACCACGCAACCGGUCGAUCGAAACGGCCAGCCGGCUGGCGGCUGCAGCCAUGGGCGGCACGUCGCGCAGCAGCAUCGGGCACAUCCUGCCGGGCACGGGCUUCUUCGCCGUGGGCCUGUGGCACCUGUUCAACCACAUCCGGCUCUUCUCCCUGCGCCCGGACUCGUACGUGGCGCCCGUCUGGUUCCCCGUGCCGCGCGCGCGCUGGCGCUACCUGGAGCCGGCCCUCGUCAUCGCCGGCAGCGCCCUCGAGUUCGCCAUGGAGAUGUUCGUCGACCACUCCACCUUCCUCCCCUUCGACGCCGACGGCUCCAUCCCCGCGGACCGCCUCCACAACCACGAGCACGCCAUCAUCUGCCUUUCGCUCGUCGUCUACGCCGGCGCCGCCGUCCACCUCGACCGCCGCCGCUCCUCCCGGGGGCGCCCGGCCCCGGGCGCCCGCGCGCUCUGCCUGCUCCUGGCGUCCGUCGUCUUCGCGCAGGAGCUGCUCGUCUUCCACUUCCACUCCACGAAUCACGCGGGCGUCGAGGGGCAGUUCCACUGGUGCCUCCAGGCCGUCGUGGCCGCGUGCCUCGCCACGUCGCUCCUCGGGAUCGGGUUCCCCAGGAGCUUCGCCGUGAGCGUCGCCCGGUCGGCGUGCGUCAUGUUCCACGGGGUCUGGCUCGCGGUCAUCGGGGCCAUGGUGUGGGUCCCGGCGCUGGUGCCCAAGGGGUGCUACCUGGUGCGGGUGGACGGCCGCGACACGGUGCGCUGCCGCGGCGAGGCCAGCCUUCGCCGGGCCAAGGCGCUCGUCAACCUGCAGUUUGGUUGGUACCUGUCCUUCCUGACGGUGUUCGUCCUUGCUAUGUAUUUGUACGUCUGCAGCAGGUACCCUGCCCACCAAGCGUACGCGCGGCUCCCGACGGUAGCCGGCGGCGAGGAGGAAGGUCACGUGGAGGAGGCGCGCAAGUGUGGAGCGCCGCGCGACGGCGGCGGCGACGUGCAUGGCGACUUCGCGUCAUUGGAGAUUGAGGUGUAAAUUAGUGCUCUCAAAUGUCAAGUGCAUGCAUGGUACGGAGUACUAGCGAGCAUACAGUCCUGCAGAUGCAGUGUACAAUGCUUGCUCGAACAUAUACAGUAUAUAUUCAUGAAUCGAUCGGUUCUUACGGGCCUGCUUAA